AUGUGCAGGUUCCUGGUCUACCGGGGAAGUGACGAUAUUCUUCUCUCUAAGCUUAUCCUUGACCCAACUCACUCCAUACUGAAGCAAUCAUUUGAUUCCCGGCUCAGAUUGGAUACCCGGAGAGGCCAGAACAACGCCGAUGGCUUCGGAAUAGGGUUUUAUACCGACCCCAAGCUGGGUCAUGCCCCUUGUCUCUUUACCUCGACGAUUCCCGCCUGGAACUGCACCAAUCUCCAGCGCAUUGCCUCCAAAACCGCCUCACAACUCAUCUUCGCCCAUGUCCGGGCCACAACCGAGGGCUCGCUGAGCGAAGACAAUUGCCACCCGUUCUGCCACGGCAGUCUGAUGUGGAUGCACAACGGGGGUCUAGGUGGUUGGAAAUACAUCAAAAGAAGACUUGGGGAGAGGUUGGCCGACAAGUGGUACUUGGGAGUUCAAGGAGGAACAGACAGUGAAUGGGCGUUUGCCUUGUUUCUCGACACACUUGAACGAAUGGGACUUGACCCCAGCUCACAGCCUGCCAAUGGAUUCGGUCCUACAGUGCUGAGAAAGGCUAUGCUCAAGACCAUCGCCACUAUCAACGAAUUGAUUGACGGUAUCCCGGAGAGUACCAUCCAGUCGGAGAGUGUCGAUACUCGAAGCUUGCUCAAUUUCGCCGUUACGGACGGAAAGAGUGUGAUUUGCACACGAUACAUCAGCAGCGCGACGGACGAAGCGGCAAGCCUGUACUACUCAUCCGGAACUGAAUGGGGAACGAGAACAUCUGCACUCAGCGAUCGAAAUUAUCAAAUGGAGCGCCAAGACAAGGGCGCCGAUAUUGUUCUGGUCGCGAGCGAGCCACUGACCUUUGAAAGAGAGAACUGGGUGAAUGUUCCCACAAACUCGAUUUUGACAAUCCACAACCAGACUGUCAUGGUUCAUCCGAUCAUUGACAAGUACUACGACCGAAGCCCGUACCACGCCAGAUCAAGCGCGUUCGUUCAGACGAAGGGCUUGAUGGCGAAUGAGAAGAUCUCAUCGCUGCUUAGUCCGGCGACAGCGUCCUUGCCAAGCCCCGAAACUUCGAAGAAGAGCCUUGGUCCGACCAUUCCUUUCGGCCUCUCUCGUAGCCACACACCGGAUCCCGGAUUUACGGGCAAGUCGCGUUCGCCCAGCCAGCUUCACGAAGUAACAACGCCGGCGGACUCAAAAUCAAUCAUUACCAUAUCGAGUGCGCAAACCAUCACACCACGGCCCCCGGUGCAGGGAAAUAUCAAGGUGAAACGGGCUGCGCCAGAGCAGGUUUCUCCCAACGUUGACAGUGACACCGAGUCACUGCUUCCUGAGGACCAAAAUCAGAACAGAACAGAAUUCGGACAUCCUAACAAGCUGUCAAGAUACUUUCCUGAGUUGACCAUGUCCUAG